AUGAGUUGUUUUAAACUUCCAAAGGGGCUUGUUAAGGAUCUGGAAGGAUUAAUUCACAAAUUUUGGUGGGGUUAUGGUGGAGAGCAUCGGAAAUCCCAUUGGGUGAAAUGGGAGCGCUUAUGUGAAGCCAAAGAAGGUGGUGGGAUGGUGUUUAAAGAAAUUGAAAAAUUCAAUGAUGCUUUAUUGGUGAAACAAGUGUGGCGAUUGAUUAAUAAUCCUGAUCCUCUAUGCCAUAGAGUUUUUAAGGCCCGUUUCUUCCCGGAUUGCUCUAUCUUGGAAGCUCAAGCUUCAAGUUCGGGGUCUUAUGCUUGGAAAAGCAUUAUCAAUGCUAGGGAUGUAAUUCGAAAAGGGAUGGUUUGGCACAUAGGUACAGGGGAGGCUGUGCGAAUUAAGGAGGAUAGAUGGCUGCCUGGAAGUACUAACUGUUCAGUCCUAUUACCCCUUCCAUCUUUGGCUCCUGAUGUGAAAGUUUCCUCUCUAAUUGAUCAAGAAACAGUAGCAUGGAAAGCGGAGGUUGUGUAG